UCAACAGAACCUUGUGAAGAAGACGAACUGGGUGAGUAAGCGGAGAACACGCUGUACUUUACCGUCAAACCGCUCUAAACAUAACGACAGAGCGCGUUUAAACCCGCGUCGCGUCAAUCUACAACACCGGAAGGGCAUGCUGCAGUGAGGGGGAGCUGUGCACGUGAUGGCGAGUGUGCUGUGCCGGAGGGUCAGACAGGUGAGUCAGUCGUCUGUGGUUCACACGCUGGCUCAGAGGAUUGUGUCCAUCAGAGGUUUUUCAGCCGCAGGUUCGUCAGGAUCAGAUGAGCCCUAUAUAGCUGUAUCAGCUCAAAACUCAGGUCCCAGGACAGUAUGGCCAGAUGAGACCAUGGGUCCGUUUGGGCCUCAGGAUCAGCGUUUCCAGUUGCCAGGCAACGUGGGUUUCGACUGUCACCUGAAGGGGACCGGGUUACAGAUGAAAGGACCGGUUCACAGGACGGUCCCGGACGUUUUAACCGCCCCGUCCAGCACAGAGAGACACGAGUUCAUCCUCGCUCAGUUUGUGAACGAGUAUCAGGGUAAGGAAGCGUCUCUGUCGGCGCAGAGAGUCAGCAAAGCCGAGCACUACUUCAGUCAGUCAGACGUGGAGUGCUCCAUGCGUUCCUGCCCAGAGCUGCUGAAGAAAGAGUUGGAGCUGUUUUUUCCAGUGCUGCCCGCGAGUCCCAUCACAGUCGUCACCGUAACACAGAAGAACCAGAAAACAUCCACAGAAGAUCAGAGCAAAGAUCAACACGAAUUACUAGAUCAUUUUGUCAGUGGUGCUAAAGAAAUCUGCUUCAUGCUCUGGAGAGGAGGAUACUGGGCCGAUUUCAUCAAUCCACUGUCGGGGAAAGCUUUUUUCGGCGAUCAGCCGCCGGACUCUCUUCUCCAGCGUCACGCUGAGCGUCACGCGGGCUUCCACAUCGAGGACCUGGCGUCCUGCACGCUCAUACGCCACGUCUUCAAGGGGACGUCCACGUUCGUCUUGACGCUCAUCACUAACGCACCUUCCAACAGUCUGAUCAUGGAGAGACUGCAGGGACACUCCGGCGCCUCAGAGGACAAAGACUGACGGACGCCUGCAAACUCUACCACAACAACGUACUGUUUCUUGUAGGAGAGGUUUUUGAACGCACACUUGCUGGUCGUGACGUUACAAAAUGUGUUUGAGAGUAACCGCUGUUACGAGCUGAUUCAAUCAACACACACAGCAGAAAUGCUAAUUUAUUUAAACAACAACAAAAAAAGAACAAUACAAUAAACGCGUUUAAAUUUCCGAAGUGAAUACACAUGGUGCUUUACAAAAACAUCAGCAGCCUUUGAGAGAACGUACCGUCGGCAAAACGUCGUCUAGAGUCGGGACGUCUGAAAGAGAGGAAACACAAACCAGUUAGUGCCGCAAGGUUUUUAAUGACUAGAACAGAAUACUACUCAAUGAACUGUUCAUUUCCGUUUGACUGAUUCUUGUCUUGCUGAAUGUGAAUAAAGUUUUUUCUCACCCAGUG